AACAUCAAAUUGACGGUUGGAUCCUGAUUUACGAUUAUACCCACUUUUAACGGAUUGCUUUUUGUUUGAUUUUUAAUUAUUUUCCGCUUAAUUGCAACUACAAUUCCGAGUAAUUUUUAAUUAUCAAACGAAACAAAAACCUGAGUUAGUCCAGCUUUUCGUACUUUAUUUUCGUGGUAACGUGACGCGCAGAGUGGGGACGGGACGAUACUACAUAUUUACUUGCAUAUCCUGUGGGAAAGGGAUUUCGCAAUUUUUUUUACCUUGUUCCCACAACACAAGAUAGAAAACAUCUCAUGGAAUCGACAACAAGAAGAAAUGUGUCAUCUCGAAUAGUUAGUGUCCUUGUCUGUGGGGCACUCAUAGUUCUUUUUCAAGCUGCUGUUCCCUGUGUUGAAGCUGCAGAAUCAACUCCGGGAUGUGGGAAAAUUGACAAAGCUUUACUCGGUCGAGAUCCACGCGUUGCUGCUCCAUGGACAGCUACGCUUUUGUACCAAUCCAAUUUCAAAUGUGGUGAAUUUCGCCAAAGCGGAUCUGGCCAUGGGGUCAUUGUUGGUCCAACCACGGUUUUAAUGAGUGGUCACUUUUUGUGGGGGUCAGACACCAGCAAUGCCGAGACGUCCAGACUUCUUCCGUUCAACUCUAGUAACUUUAUUGUCGCAUUGGGGCUAAAAUCAAGACAACCUUUUUCCGCCGAUCAGUAUACGCAGUUUUUGAAGAUUUCUUACAUCCGCGUGCAUUCAGGAUCGUAUGAGCGAUACUCAAAUAAUGACAUGGUCAUUCUACACUUGACAAAUCCAAUCCGAUAUUCGUCCUAUGUUCGACCAAUUUGCUUGGAUAAUUCUCCAGAAGUUGUAAUCACUAACGUCAACUCUACGGAAAAACUUGGAGAUUUGACAAUCAGUGGGUUCAACAGAGGAGUACCGGACGCAGAACCAUUUGGAUUCCUUGACUCGGCCAUUUGUAAGCAAAAGUUGACCACGGAAUAUCAAGAAGCUUCUCAAGGCAGAGAGAUUUCAAAGUCAGGAAUUCCUUGCGGAUUCUCUUCCAAGCUUCGAGAAGAUGUCCAAAGUUGGAAUGGAUAUGGAAAUGGGUUAAUUCAGUCGAGAUUUCUGGAUCCCGGUCCAGGAAAGUCGAGGAAGGAUACAGUCAUUACGAAUCUCUGCUAUCAAAAAGGGUCUAGCAUCAUAACCUUUUACAAUGAUCGGUGGUACAUGAUUGGAAUGACUGGAGAAUCGUUGGGGAUUACGUGCAAAAAUAAUAAUUUAUACUUUAUCUCAUUCGUCACGUAUAAAGAAAAUAUAGAUUGGAUUCUACAAAAUAUUCGGUUCAGCACAAAUUCCUUCGUCUGUGACAACGGACAAACGAUUGAUCUCGCCAAAAUGUGUAAUGAUUUUCAAGAUUGCACCGACGACUCUGAUGAAAAUCCGAAAUUCUGUUCAGCAAUUAAAUGCGGAACAAUAUUCUCAUCCUUUUGUACCAAGUGUGAGACGAAAAAUUCGUUCCAAAUUCUAGGGAAAACUUAUUCCUAUUCGAAUGCGACAAGUUCUGAUGAAGUGAAAUGUUCUGCUUUAAAACAACCAGAGGGUUCUUUACUGCAUUGUGAAAAUCCUAUAAUCAGGAAACGAAUUACAUGUGAAUACGGAUCUGACCCCGGAACGAAAGCAGUGUUCCAGUGCAAAACUGGAAAGCCCAGCGAACCCUCUUCUUACUGCGUGAUAACGUGCAAAGAUGACGGGAAUUGGACCGACGAAUUAAAGACUUAUACAUGCAAAAGUAACUCUUCCCUUGGAAUUUCUGGUAAAUUCAGUCAUUUAACAAGAUCAUCUCCCGAUAUCGUCUUUUCUCAUGGCAGUAAUGCAAAUUGGAUCAACAAGAUUUUGCUCAAUCGUCCCGAAAAUAGUAACAGUAAUCCAGAUGAUGAUCCCAGUCUGGAUAAUUGGACUCCUCCUCAGCUCUCACCAAACAUUGGAGACAAAACUGGGGGAGGAGGAGGAAGUCGAAAUUGCAGAGGUUUUAAAAGGAAGCCUGGUCUCAAAAUAUCAUGCCGUGCUCCUGGUUCAUCUGUUUCCUCGUGCUUAGAAAGCGUUUCUCCUGGAACAAAAGCCGAAUUUAGUUGCGAGCAAUACUACCGUCCAAUUUUUUCUGCAGCGUCAGUUAUCAAAACUUGUCAACCGAAUGGACAAUGGAGUUUGGAAAAUAGAGCGUUCGAAUGCAGAUUGGAUUGUGGAGUUCCGAAACGAGAUCUUGUCGGCCAUAUUGUAAAUGGACAUGUCACUUCUGGAACAAAAUGGCCUUGGCAUGCCAUCAUGUACCGCAAAACGAAGGAUGGUCAACUUGCCUAUAUUUGUGGGGCAACACUAAUUUCGAAACGGCUACUCCUUACGGCGGCACAUUGUGUGACGGAUCGACGUGGAAAGGCAUUACCAAACUCAGAUUUUGCCGUCAUAUUGGGAGCAACUAGCAAUAAUCUGGAAGAAAAUUCAGGAGACCCUAAUUCUCAAAUUGUUUCGUUGGACAAUAUCACAGUAAACCCAGCAUUUAACCUCAAUACAUUCGAAUCAGAUAUUGCUUUGAUAAGGCUGGCAAAACCUGCACACAUUUCUGAUUUUGUUCGACCUGCUUGUUUUCCCUCUACGAUUACACUACACAAUGAAUUACUCCACCUCAGUCCUGGAAGUGAAGGACAUAUUAUUGGAUUUGGGUAUGAUGAAAGUGGCAGUCCGUCUAACAAGAUGAGAGAAGCGUUGCUUCCCGUUGUCUCAUAUUCCCAAUGCUAUGACGUGGUCAAGGUUCUUGCAACCUCUUCACAAUUUUGUGCUGGGUUCACGAACGGGACUGCUGCCUGUAAUGGAGACAGUGGUGGAGGCAUGUUCUUCGAAGAUGACACGUACCCACGACGAAUGUACUUACAGGGAAUCGUCAGUCACGGAAAUAAGGACGACUCGACAGGAUUAUGCGAUAAGAAUCAAUACUCGAUAUUUACAAAAGUAGCUACAUUCAAGAACUGGAUAAAUGAAAUUGGACUGAAUCUUGACGAGGACUUUUAGAAUGUAUACCAAUUUCAGUAAAUGUUUCUAAUUUAUGAAUGCUUAUUUACGAAUAAUAAUACUCACUUUCUACAAAAUUGAAAA